AUGUUAAGGAUUUGCUCUAUUGGUCUUGUUUUUUUGAAUAAAUAUCUUCUAAGCAGUGAAAAUUUACAACUAGAUGCACCACUUUUCAUUACUUGGUUCCAGUGUGUUGUUACAGUUCUACUUUGUUUUGGCUGUUCAUAUAUAUCGAAUCUUUUCCCAGCUUUUCUCAAGUUUCCAUCGAUGUUUUUUGAUUAUAGAAUUUCCAGAGAAGUAUUGCCACUUUCAUUUGUUUUUGUGAUUAUGAUAACAACAAAUAAUCUAUGUUUGAAAUAUGUUGGUGUUUCAUUCUAUUAUGUAGGCAGAUCACUCACAACAGUUUUCAAUGUCGUAUGUUCAUAUUUGAUUCUUGGGCAAAUAACUUCUUGGCGUGCUAUAGCUUGUUGUACUUUCAUUAUCGGUGGUUUUUUACUUGGUGUUGAUCAGGAAGAUUUAUCGGGUUCGUUACCUGUUAUGGGUGUAGUUUAUGGUAUAUUAUCUUCACUUUUCGUUGCUCUUAAUGCAAUUUAUACACAGCGAACAUUGUCUGCGGUUGGUGAUAAUGUUAUUCGUUUAACGAUGUACAACAAUGUGAACGCCGCAAUAAUUUUUCUUCCGAUUAUGAUAUUUAGUGAAGAUUUUGUGAAGAUUUUUUAUUUUCCCCAGUUGACUUCACUAUACUUUUGGUUAUUAAUGCUAAUAUCUGGUGUUUUUGGUUUCAUGAUGAGUUAUGUUACUGCUUGGCAAAUUCAGGUUACAUCACCUCUUACUCAUAAUAUUAGUGCUACAGCAAAGGCAGCUGCCCAAACAGUGAUUGCUAUUAUUUUCUGGAAUGAAGUAAAGCCGAUUCUAUGGUGGCUUAGUAAUUGUAUUGUGCUUAUUGGGUCAGCAACUUAUACGGCAGUAAAGCGUAAAGAAAUGAUUGACUCCUAUGAAUCAAAUGGUAAAUAUAGCAAACAGUCAUCUGAUCGACAACCUAUUCUCCCAACGAAACUUGAAGAGGAAAUUUAUUAA